AUGGUUCUUCAUCAAUAUGAUUACAUCUUUGCCAUUGGAACGAUCUUUGCGUUCCUCGAUGCCUGGAACAUUGGUGCCAAUGACUGCGCCAACUCGUGGUCGACUUCUGUGUCGUCGCGUUCGUUGAAGCAUUGGCAGGCCAUGGUCCUUGGUUCCAUCAUGGAGUUUGCCGGAGCUGUCGGUGUAGGAAACAGUGUUGCGGAUACCAUCCGUACCAAGAUUGUUGAGAUCGAUGCCUUCACUGACAACGCCCCCCUUCUCAUGCUUGGAAUGUGCUGCGCCGUCGUUGCCUCGUCCAUCUACCUCACCAUCUGCACGAAAAUCGGCCUUCCUGUCUCCACAACUCAUUCAAUUCUCGGAGGUAUCCUUGGAAUGGGUAUUGCUCUGAUUGGAGCUGACGAUGUGAUCUGGUGGGGAGGUGAUAUCAACUCUGGUGUCGUCCAGGUGUUCCUUGCCUGGGUUAUCGCGCCUCUGCUCUCUGGUGUGGCUGGUGCUCUCAUCUUCCUGAUUACCAAGUAUGGUAUCCUGCUGCGCCCGAACGCAGCUCUCAAGGCGCUGUACACCGUGCCCUUCUACUUCCUCUUGACCUCCUCCCUCCUGACUAUGCUUAUCGUCUGGAAGGGUGGCAGCAGCAGAAUUGAUCUGGAAGGUGCAGAGAUCGCUGGUACUGUUGUGGGUACUGGAGCUGGUGUCGCCCUCAUCUCUGCCAUCUUCCUCUGCCCGUGGCUGUACCGCCGCGUCAUCAAGAGCGACUGGCAGCUCAAGCCCUGGGAUCUCAUCUACGGCCCCCUCCUCCUCCGCCGUGGUGAAGUGCCCCCUCGUCCUGCCCACGUCAAGACCGUCCGCGACUACUACCGCGGCCACAAGACCAUGGAGGAGCUACAGGCCGAGCGCAACGGUGACGAGGAGACCGCCCGCGCCGAAUCCUCUUCUUCCACCACCGGCGAGCACCCCACCCCCGACCUCAAGGGCCAACCUGAUGUCACCACCAACUCGCGUGACGAGACCGACUCCACCAUCACCGACCCCGAUGUCAUCAACGUCUGCGGCCCCCGCCCCGAAGGAACCUGGUACAGCGUCCCCGUGCUGUUCUGGUACGCCAAGAAGGCCUUCCUCAACGGUAUCGAGCAGGAUAUUGUCAGUGCCCAGGGUAACGCCGGCAAGCUCUCCGGUGACCUCGAAAAGACCCACGCCCACGCCGACCACUACGACAACGAGGCCGAAUACAUGUUCUCCUUCCUCCAGAUCCUCACUGCCUGCACUGCCUCGUUCACCCACGGUGCCAACGAUGUCGCCAAUGCUGUCGGGCCCUACGCUACCAUCUACGCCAUCUGGCGCAGUGGCGCCCUCGAGGGCGCUAAGACCGAAGUCCCCAUCUGGAUUCUUGUCUUCGGUGGUGCCGGUAUCUCCAUUGGUAUCUGGACCUACGGUUACCACAUCAUGCGCAACCUCGGAAACAAGCUUACUCUGCACUCCCCCUCGCGUGGUUUCACCAUGGAGCUUGGUGCCGCCAUUGCUGUGAUUAUCGCCACCAGGCUUAAGCUCCCCGUCUCCACCACCCAGUGCAUCACCGGCGCCACCGUCGGUGUCGGUCUCUGCAACGGAACCUGGAGGACGAUCAACUGGCGCAUGGUUGCCUGGAUCUACAUGGGCUGGAUCAUCACCCUCCCCUGCGCCGGUAUCAUCGCUGGCUGCUUGACUGGUAUCAUUGUCAACGCGCCUCGCUGGGGUAUGGCCAACUAG